UAGUAAACAAGCAACAGCAAGAACGAACCUCCGAAUAAUUUGAGUUCAACAUCUUCAAUACAUGAACAUGCCUUCAACUAACGUUGCUGGGGGACGUCCCCCCCAUGAUGAGGCUUCUGCGACUGAUGUAGCGUCUCCGAGUAAGUCGCCGUCGCCUGCGUGGAAUAGCAUUCUCAUCGCUGAACUAGAAUAUCGAGCAAGGCAACUACGGAGUACAAAAGGUACCAACGACGAUGACGAAAACGACGGACUGACUGGAAGGUCCCUUCUGGAGGGUGCUGCUCUACUCCGACAACCUGAUAGCAAGGAUGUGAAGGUAAGUCGGAGUGGCGCAGUUUUAGGCUUACCGUUUGAGAAAGGUAGCAGCGUUUGGUCGCUGACGCGGGACAUAGUCCGUGGUGAGGUGGAACUAACAUGUCCAGGACUAUCGGUUUUGGCAUCUUCUACACUAGCGCCAGGCGCUAAUCCUGCACACGUUCAAUUGGAAAUUGGUGGAGCAGGUGCUUCUCCCAAGAAAGUAAAAGACAAUCCGUUGGCAUCAUCCACCCAGAAGAAGACUACAACAGCCACUUCUAGAAAGAAGUACCUUGACCACAUACCUCGAGAAGAAACUUGCGUCCGUAAGUGCUUUUGUUGGAGAGUCUGCGUUGAAGAUCCACAGCUCCGAAAAGCCACGAUCGCGAAUACACCGAAGUUUGUGCCUAACGUCAAGAGGUGUCGCUGCGUCGAUGUCUACGAUGGUGAUACGAUCACUGUAGUUGCGAAGACGUCGAUGUGCAAUAGUCCGCAGCUGUUUAAAGUACGGUUGGCGAGGAUAGAUACUCCGGAAAUGUACUUCUAGCACUUUGUGACUUCCACAAGAAGAACUGUUGUAGCUCAUCAACCGCAUCGGAAAAAUCAUCAAGACAAAUGUUCCUAUUACGAGUAACUUUCAAAUUUUCUCCACAGGAGAGGCUCCGGCGUUACUCCUGCUGAGAAGAAGCUAGCGAUAGCCGCGAGAGACGCGUUAUCAGAGAAAAUUUUGGACCGGAUCAUUCGACUAGAGAAUGUACAACUCGAAAAGUAUGGACGACUGCUUGCUGAGGUGGUGUGUCUUCGAACUGGAGAAAACUUGAACGACUGGCUUUUGGAGACCGGACACGCUAAACUCUACGACGGAGGGACGAAAGAUAGGGAGUGGUGACGGACAUGAUUUCCUGAGCGCAUUGUGAUUUUGACGUUGUUAUCACUAAAAUGAAAUAAGAAAUGAUCACUGCUUGUGCUGAACGCGAUUGCAGCAUUGAUGCUCAUAUUUGAGGCUACUCGUCGCCACCUCGCCACGGG